ACGCCCAAUUGAAUGGCAGUUAAUACGUCUACGAUAGUGAGAUUGCGUCUCGCGGUCUCACACUGACAGUGACAAUCCAGAUCGUACCAAUGGUUCUCAGUGCUAAUCUACCAGGACGCUCGAGAUGACCAUUUUUCAAUCAGUUUUAACUAACAAGAAGGUGCUGGCAGCACUGAUUGUGGCCGCCAUUAUAACGAUCUGCGCCAUUACGAUCCCGGUGGUGAUAGUAACGUCGAGUGGGGAUGGCGAUCCGAAACCAUUCGUGGGUCGGGAAAUUCUCGAUGAGGUCCCACUGAUCGACGGGCACAAUGAUCUACCGUUCAAUAUCUACAAAGUGGAGCGGAAUCUGCUAGCGAACUUCAAUCUGGAUUCCAAUCUCAAGGAGCAUGCUGUCUGGGGUCAAACGGCAUCUAGUCAUACGGAUUUGCCACGAUUGCGGAAGGGCAAAUUGGGGGCACAGUUUUGGGUGGCUUACAUUCGAUGUGCUGAUACGCAGUAUAAGGAUGCCGUGGCAAGGACGCUGGAGCAGAUCGAUGUAGCGAAGCGAGUUAUCGCCAAGUAUCCGGAUGAUUUGAAGUAUGUUACAACGGCUGCGGGGAUCAUGGAGGCGUUCAACGAGAAGAAGAUCGCGUCGCUCUUGGUAGUGGAAGGAGGUCAUUCGAUCGAUUCAAGGUUGCCAGUCUUGCGAAUGUUCUAUGAGUUAGGAGUUCGCUACAUGACGUUGACACACUCCUGUAAUCUACCGUGGGCGGAUGCUUCACCAAUCGAUGACGAGCCGGAAGCACAGCUGAACAAUCUUUCUGAGUGGGGCCAUAUAGUGAUUCGAGAGAUGAACAGGCUGGGUAUGAUGAUAGACAUUUCUCACGUUAGCUAUGGAGUUAUGCAGGACGUUCUGAAGGAGAGUUUGGCUCCGGUGAUCUUCAGUCAUUCGUCGUCGCACGCGGUGAAUCAACAUCAUCGAAACGUGCAGGACGAUGUUUUGCGAGGGCUUGUGAAGAACAACGGAAUUGUUAUGGUAAACUUCUACCCAGUGUUCGUAGGAGGAAACACGAUCGACGAUGUAGUUAAACACUUCAACCACAUCAAAUCGGUUACGGGCCCAGACCACAUCGGCAUAGGCGGCGACUACGAUGGUGUCGGACAAACUCCGGAAGGUCUAGAAGACGUAUCCAAAUAUCCGGACUUGUUCGACAUGCUGGCGUCCGGAAAUCUCACAACUGGUGAAACUUUCCGUCCGUGGACCAGAGAAGAACUACGAAAGCUUGCUGGACUCAACCUGUUGCGAGUUUUCGAACAGGUCGAGCGGGUUCGUGAUAACAUGCUGGCCACGCCUCCAUACGAAGACAUCAUACCGUUUGCCGAGUUUGAGAGAGUAGGAGCUGCUGAACAACCUUGCAUGACCAAUAUGAAUAUCCACAAAGAAUGAAAUAAAUCAAUGGUGCUAUAAAUUA